AUGCAAGCAAUAAAGUGUGUGGUGGUCGGAGAUGGAGCUGUGGGAAAGACCUGUCUUCUCAUCAGCUACACUACAAAUGCCUUCCCCGGGGAGUACAUUCCCACAGUGUUUGAUAACUACUCAGCAAAUGUAAUGGUGGACAGCAAACCAGUCAAUCUGGGCCUCUGGGAUACAGCUGGACAGGAAGACUACGACAGACUGCGGCCACUGUCCUACCCGCAGACGGAUGUGUUUCUCAUCUGUUUCUCCCUGGUGAGCCCGGCGUCGUUUGAAAACGUCAGAGCCAAGUGGUACCCAGAGGUGAGGCACCACUGCCCUUCCACUCCAAUAAUUCUGGUUGGCACCAAGCUCGAUCUGAGAGAUGAGAAAGAGACCAUUGAAAAGCUAAAGGAGAAAAAACUGGCACCAAUCACUUACCCACAGGGUCUUGCAUUGGCCAAAGAAAUAGAUGCAGUAAAAUACCUGGAGUGUUCUGCUCUUACUCAAAGAGGUCUAAAGACGGUGUUUGACGAGGCCAUCCGUGCUGUGCUUUGCCCCCAACCCACCAAGGUCAAGAAGAAGGGCUGCGUGCUGCUCUAAGUAUACAUGGUGCAUUAGUGGAUUCUUCACAGCAAAAAAGGUACCAGAGAAAUCCACUGAUUUUCUCCAACAACCUAUCAAGGGAUAGAAAAUAAUUGUUUGUGGAAUUUUAUUAAAUUACAAAAAACAAGCCUUCUCUUUUUAGACAAAUAUAGCUCUUGAAUCCACCAUAUUGAUACCAAUGAAAUAAUAUUUUUGUUAAAGUGAUAGUUAGAAUAGAUAGAAAAUAAAUUUAUAUAAUUAUUUACUCACUCUAAUGUUGUAAACCCAUGACUUUCUUGGUUAGCAUCAGUCAACAUUCAAAAAGUGCACAGAAAGUGAAUAGUAACUGAGGCUGUCAGAACAGUUUGAGGGUGAAUAACAGAUGAAUGAGUUUUCAUUUUUGGGUGAACUACACAUACAAGUGUAAAGAAAGAGAACAUAUUUAGUCAUAAUAUAGUAACUGAUGUAUUGUGUAUAUUGUGAUUGAUGUAGUUGAUGUGUUUUUUAUGGGGACACAGUUGUGUAUUGUGGUCUUGGGUGGGAAGAACCCAUUUUUUUCUCUCCAUUCUUAGAACCGAAUAAAAUGUUAAACUCAGAGGGAUUUUUGAACAUAUGAAUCACAUUCACUAGAAUGGCAAAAUAAACUCUACAACUCCUUUCUCCGUUUAUCUAAUUUAUUUUCAU